AUGAAACCUCAACUACCGGCAUUUUUGCUGCCGUUAUUCUUUUCGCGGGCUCUGGCAGCCGAUUUCACAAUCGCCAACGGGCAGAUAUUUACCCCGGGAUUCGCAGUGCUUGAUGCGCCGCAACCAGGAACACCACUAGGUGGUGACACCAUAGAGGUAGCGCUCGAUGUUUCAGCCAACGGCAAGCUGAACCUGCCUCCAUACGGCGACGGUAGCCCCAGCAAGAUCUACAACAUUACCAUCUUCCUGUCGUCUUACACGACCGGGAGAAACUUCACUAUCACCAACGGGACCGCUUCCGCAAACAACGCCAGCCUGGGCGACAUAAUGCUUUCCGAGUCCGGCAGCACCGUAAAACAUGUCAAGUGGCAGUGGCCCGACUGCCUGGUUGGUGACGGGCAGCCCACGACGAGCGACAGUGACCGUGGGAUAUACAACAUCUCCAUCCGCCAGAACUUCCGCCUCAACAACGAGGACCACUACACCAUCUUCGACGUGCCCAUCUCUGUCACCAAUAGCAUCCCCUCCAACGGCAACCCGUCGUGCGAUUCGCUCGACAACCCGCUGCUCACGGAGGACCAGAUCGAUGCCGCCGCCGCCAAUACGGUCGGGGUCCUGUUCGCGCCGGGUGAUGCGACCCAGGUCGAGGCUACGUAUCCGGAUUCUUCGGACGACGAAGAAGGCCUCGGCGGUAGCAAACCCGAGGCGACGGCCGGUGAUGGUCUCGGAGGUGCUGGUUCGUCGAGCGUGUCGGGCGCGGUGUGUUGGAUGGCGGGUUUGGCCGUCUUUCUGGUGUUACUAACGUGA